ACAACUGAGCCUCUCUCCCCUUCGAUUGCUUAUUCCAUCAGAAGUCAAUGAGUUGCCCCAAUGGUGAAAUCAGUGUGUCCGAAGUGAUUACCGCGUCAUGAAUCUCUCGGCAAUUCUCCUCAUUCUCCUCCGUGUCUUCACCACCAGCUCAUCAAACCCACUGGGUACAACGGACUGUCGUAUUCACAAUCAUCUGUACAUCUGCCUGAACGAUCUCAAUCACCUCCAAAAUCUCGCAUUCGAGGACGCAAAUGCAGUACAAACAAUCGACGAUAUCGAACUGCAUAUCGAGUCACUCGAUAUCACUGAUACGUCAGAGAGAUCGUUCUAUGACGUGAGAAAUACCACAGCCCUCUACAUGUCUGACAAUCGGCUUCGAGUCAUCAGAAAGUAUUAUUUCCAUGCACUCGAUCAAUUGACAUAUCUCGAUCUCAAAAACAACGAUAUCAAUGAAAUUGAGGACAGUGCAUUUGUGAGACUGUCGAGCCUCGAGACACUUCUGAUCGAUGGUAAUCGCAUAACGAGAUUGGGACCAACUAUUUGGAAGGGAUUGACAUCCCUCAGGGAGCUCUACGCUACCAACAAUUCAAUUGUCCUGAGGAAAAAUAUAUUCAGAGGACUGAGACAACUGGAGACAUUGGCUCUUGAUGCCAAUGAGAUUUCCGAAAUACCCACUGGCACAUUCAAUGGUCUUCCACAUAUGGAUCUUCUCUAUCUCUCCAGAAAUGAAAUAGUUUCACUUCAUCAGGAUGUAUUUCGUGGCUUGACAGAACUCAAUGAACUCGAUUUAUCCAGAAAUCGGAUUGUCACGAUUCCCAGUGGACUCUUCCGGAAUAUGGCUUCAUUGCAUUCAUUGUGGCUCAAUGCAAAUCGUAUUGCCUCACUGCAGACUGGUUGCUUCGAUGGACUCGAGUGUUUGUCGUUUCUGUUUCUCAGUGGAAAUGAACUUGAAUCCGUUGAUAUGGCAAUUUUCGAGAUGAUGAGGAAAGUUUCGAUUGAACCCGGGUUUAUCAUUGAUGGAACUUUGAGCAGUAAUUUGACGGUUGUCAGGGGAAUGGUGAGGUGUGAGAGCACUGGAAGUGAGGAGCCUUACAGUUGUGAAGAAGUUUAAACGGUGGGAAUUGAUGUGCUUUAGAUAAGAUUAAGGUGUUUUCAAAGGCUACCGACAAACAGAAGCAUCGAAACCCCAUCCUUGCUACCGCAGCACAUCAAUGGACUACGGCUGGUACACCCCAACAAUUCACACGGUACCAACGACGUUCUACCCACGCACCACCACCUUCAG